AUGAAAGAUUACACUACAAUAGCCAUGGAUUUGAGUUGUUUAAUUAGUAGUGAUGGUGGGCCACCUAGGUGGUUUUACCCUGUUGCCUAUAACAGGCCUCUGAAAGAUUCUCUUGUUCUUAUGUAUUUGCCUGGGUUGGAAGGAACUGGAACUAGCCUUGUUGUACAUGAAAAAGCUCUUAGAAAGACAAACAUACGGAUGAAAGUGGAAAUCCCUCAAGAUACAAAGCUUGUGGAGCCGCUAGAUGAAGCUUGUAUAUGGCGCCAAACAAGAGGCACCGCCACUGAAACUUUAGGAGCCGAGAACAAAGCUGAAUCCAUAUAG